UGCUCCGCCGUGCUGACGGGAACAGAUCCCUCACUGUCACACCGACACAGUAAUCACUUUAGAUACAGAUAAGAUCCAAGUGGACAUGCGGAAUCUAUAACAGACAGGGCGUGAAAACAUGCAAAGACAUUUCCAUAAACCUAUCGGCAACAGCUAAGUCGAGCUUCUUUCUUUGACACUGGCUAUCUUAGGACUUCCCUAGAGGCUGAGUCCAAGGUCUGACGGCCUCCAGGCUGAUAUUUCUUUUUUUUAAAAAGACUAAGUAUCAUCCUAAUAAGUGAGGGUUUAGUAGCAGAGAGAUGGCAGACAGUACAGGGCUGCAGUUCGUCAGCUCCUAUGCCUUUGAAGCUAUGCAGAAAGUGGACGUGGUGCGCCUGGCUGCUCUAAGUGACCCAGAGCUGAGGCUGCUGCUGCCCUGCCUGGUGAGGAUGGCUCUAUGUGCUCCAGCUGAUCAGAGCCAGUCCUGGGCUCAGGACAAGAAGCUCAUCCUCCGCCUGCUCUCUGGAGUAGAAGCUGUCAACUCCAUUGUAGCACUGUUAUCUGUUGACUUUCAUGCCUUGGAGCAGGAUGCACGAAAGGAGCAACAGCUGAGGCACAAGGCGGGUGGCUCUAAUGGAGAGAGCAUCCUGGUGUCACAGCUACAGCAUGGUCUUACCCUGGAGUUUGAACACAGUGAUCCCCUCAGGAGACUCCGGCUGGCCCUCAGUGAACUGUUGGCUAUCAUGAAUAAGGUGGUAGACUCAAAUGGAGAAUUCUUCCUGAAGUCCUCUGAACUCUUUGAAAGCCCUGUUUACUUGGAAGAAGUCGCAGAUGUCCUUUGCAUUUUACAAGCAGAGCUACCUUCCUUGCUUCCCAUUGUGGAUGUAGCAGAGGCUCUGCUUCACGUCCGCAACGGAGACUGGUUCCUGUGUCUGCUAGUUGCUAAUGUUCCUGACAGCUUCAAUGAAGUUUGCAGAGGUUUGAUCAAGAAUGGAGAGCGUCAGGAUGAAGAGAGUGUCGGUGGUCGACGGAGAACUGAAGCCCUGAGGCAGCUCUGUCAGAUGAACCCCUCACAGGCCCUGAACAUCAGAGCGAUGGUGGUGGAGGAGUGCCACUUGCCUGGUCUGGGUGUUGCUCUGACUCUGGAUUAUAAACCAGAUACAGCAGAUGAGGCAGUCAGUCCUCUCGUCUCUUAUGUCAGCGGUUUACUACUGGGUACCAACAGCAAAGUGCGUACCUGGUUCAGCAUGUUCAUUCGCAAUGGACAACAGAGAAAGAGAGAAAGCAGCUCGGUACUGUGGCAGAUGCGCAGACAGCUGCUGCUGGAGCUGGUCGCCAUACUGCCGCGCUCACGCAGCACCCAUGUGCCCAACAACGGUGACAUGGAAGAGGGCGGCUCAGGGUACUCCGGCCUCAGAGAGGAGCAUGUGGUGAAGGCGAGCGCUCUGCUCCGACUCUACUGUGCACUGAUGGGCAUCGCAGGUCUCAGACCUACUGAUGAAGAGGCCGAGCAGCUGCUGCAGCUGAUGACAAGUCGGCCUCCCGCCACUCCUGCUGGCGUUCGCUUUGUCUCCCUGUCUUUCUGCAAGCUGCUGGCCUUCCCUACUCUGGUCAGCACUCCAGAGCAGGAGCAGCUGAUGGUCAUGUGGCUCAGCUGGAUGAUCAAAGAGGAGGAAUACUUUGAGAGCGCUGCAGGCGUAUCUGCUUCUUUUGGAGAGAUGCUAUUACUGGUUGCCAUGUACUUCCAUAGCAACCAGCUCAGCUCCAUUAUUGAGUUGGUGUGCUCUACUUUGGGGAUGAAGAUUGCCAUCAAACCCAGCUCUUUAAGCAAGAUGAAGACUAUCUUCACACAGGAGAUCUUCACAGAACAGGUGGUUACAGCCCACGCAGUGAGGGUUGCAGUGACCAACAACUUAAGUGCCAACAUCACAGGAUUCCUCCCCAUUCACUGCAUAUACCAGCUGCUCCGGAGCCGAGCCUUCACCAAGCACAAAGUGUCCAUCAAGGAUUGGAUCUAUCGCCAGCUCUGUGAGACAACCACCCCCAUCCACACCCAGCUGAUUCCCCUAAUUGACGCCUACAUCAACUCAAUCCUCACACCAGCAUCCAAGGCCAACCCAGAGGCCACCAACCAGCCUAUCACAGAGCAGGAGAUCCUCAAUGUGUUCCAGGCCUCUGCUGGGCAAGGGGAGGUUAGUCGAGGAGGACGACAGCGCUACUCCAUCACCACCCAGCUCCUUAUCCUCUACUACAUCCUGUCUUAUGAGGAGAACCUUUUGGCCAGCACCAAACAACUGGCUUUAAUGCAGAAGAAGCCAAAGUCCUACUCAGCAGCCCUGAUGGACCAAAUCCCCAUUAAGUACCUGGUAACCCAAGCCCAGGGACUGCAGCAGGAGCUCGGGGGUCUACACUCUGCCCUGUUGAGGCUGCUGGCUACCAACUACCCUCACCUCUGUCUAGUGGAGGACUGGGUGUGUGAGGAGGAGGUGACUGGUACCCUGCCCCUGCUGAGGAGGAUGAUGUUGCCCAGCAACACCUGCAGAUACACUCAGAGCCAGCUCCACCAGGCCUUCCAGAAAUUACCAUCCAGCAGUCCCAGGCUGAUGCGGAUCCUGGAGCAUUUAACGCUGCUUUCACCCGGAGAUCUGAUCCCUUACGCAGAGGCCCUCACAGCCAGCACGGCUCUGCUGCUGGAGCCUGCUGUGCCUCGCCGAAUACUACAGACCCUCAACAAGCUCUGGAUGGGUCUCAAUACUGUGAUGCCCCGCAGGUUGUGGGUGAUGACAGUAAAUGCUCUCCAGCUGUCAGCUAAGCUGCUCAGACAGCAGAGAUACACUCAGAAUGACCUGAUGGUGGAUCCUCUCAUUGUGCUGCGUUGUGAUCAGAGGGUGUACAGGUGUCCUCCUCUGAUGGAUAUUGUCCUUCACAUGCUGAAUGGGUACCUGCUGGCCUCAAAAGCCUACCUACACUGCCACUUGAAGGAGACGGCUGACUUUGAUCGGCAGAGCCAGACAGUCUCAAACCUGGGCGUGCCUGGACAGCCUGAUACACCCGAGGUCACCAGAGAGGAGCUGAAGAACGCCCUCCUAUCUGCACAGGAUAGCGCAGCUGUCCAGAUUCUCCUGGAGGUGUGUCUGCCAACCGCUGAAGAGCAGCAGCUGGGGGCCAACACGGAGAGCUUGCUGAGUAGCAUCAGGGACCCCGUGCCAGGGAAAUCGAAACAGGGAAGCCUGGGGCCAAGAGCCAGGGGGGGCGUGAGCGAUGCUGAGACAGAAGGAGGCUUGCUCAGCGACUUGAGGGAGGUGCAAUGUCUCAUCUGUUGUCUGCUGCAUCAGAUGUUCAUCGCCGACCCCAACAUCGCCAAGUUGGUCCAUUUUCAGGGUUACCCUCAAGCUCUGCUGCCUCUAACUGUGGCAGGCAUCCCCUCCAUCCAUAUCUGUCUGGACUUCAUCCCAGAACUGCUGGCCCAGCCCCAGCUGGAAAAGCAGAUCUUUGCAAUCCAGUUGCUGUCAUAUCUGUGUACCCAGUACGCUCUACCCAAGUCGCUCAGUGUGGCCAGGUUGGCCAUCAGUGUUAUGGGCACACUUCUAACAGUGCUGACUCGUGCCAAGCGUUUCUCCUUCUUCAUGCCCACGCUGCCAUGCUUGGUGGCCUUCUGUCAAGCCUUCCCUCCACUCUAUGAUGAUGUAGCAGCCCUGUUAGUACAAGUGGGUCAAGUUUGUGCCUCUGACGUGGCCACCAAAGCCAGAGACAUUGACCCUCUCAUCGCCCGCCUGCAGUAUCUGAAGGAGAAACCACAGGAGGCCCUGGUUCCAGGAGAAGCCUCCUCCAAGCUGACUUUACCCCAGAGGACAGCAGAGGAACUGGGCGGCGCUGACCCUGAUGUCCAGAUCUGUUACUGCAUAGAAGCCACCUUUAUGGACAUCAUCAGCUCCACCCUUCAUGGACUAUAGACACACAUACACACAUAUACACAUACACGUUGUAGAGGGAGAGGAGUGACCGGGUCUAAAUCAACAACUCUAAACACUGCCCUAGAAAGACAGUCACACUCCUGAGAGGGCUACUAUCAGCACAUCUGUUACAAAUAUUAAGGGCUUUCAGACCGUGUUAGGUUGUGGAUUUCUCUCAUUCUGUGCUCAUGAUGGGAUAUGCACUGUAUAUCCACCGUACUCUGUUCAGUCUGGACUAAGUCAUGUACUGAAACUCCUUCCUUCUCUAUCAUCAGGCUCCACUUUGACAUCUUGUAAAUAAUAAAUCACGAUUUGCAAUUAAUUUAGAAAGUUUAUUUUAAAUGUGCUCUGUCACAAUAUGUAGAAAGUGAAAUACAGAAAAUGUUAAAUGGGUCCAUUUUCUUGACCUCUGUAGGCAUAUUUUUCUAAGCUCUAAGUGUUGUGAUCUUUUUUUCUCAGCGACUGAAAAAAGGAAAAAUGUUGCCUUGAAAUAUGUAGAAAUUUUGUACUGUAUUUUGUUUGUAAUAAAACAAAGA